GUCCCACCACCUCUCCCUGCUUGUCAUCGCUUCCUUUCCGUUUCGCUGCUAGCUGCCGCGCGCCACGCACGCGCACGACGCCGAGAGGGGACGGGCGAGGACGGCUCUGGAGGGCGUGGCGCCACCCGUGUUGUGGGGUUGGCAAGGCUGGGGGGUUGGCAAGGCUGGAACGGCGACAGAACGAGGUGGGGAGAUGGGGUACGCGCCGACGGUGAAGGUGGCGACGGCGGCCGCGGCUGCGGCGGUGCUGGCGGCGGCGGGGGUGCGGUUCAUGGGGCCCGCGGCGGCGGCGUUCGUGGCGGACGGGCUGCCGCGCGCGCAGGCUGUGGCGGGCACGUGGCUCACGCCGCCGUACCUGUACCUCGUCAUCAACGCCAUCAUCAUCUCCAUCGCCGUGUCAUCGCGCUUCCAGCAGAGUAGCCGCCCGUCGGCCUCCGGCUCCGUCGCCGCCGCCGCCGGAGCGGAGGAGUCGGAGCACGUGGGGAUAGAGCCGACGGCCACGUUGCAGGUGCCUGCGCCGGUUGUCGCGGUGCCCGUGGUGGCAGUGCGGGCCGCCGAGGCCGUUGCCGUUGAGGAGCCGGUGAUGAAGGUGAACACAGCGGCGCCUGCGCUAGCGGGUGAGGAGGAGUUUUCCAUUUCGAGGUCGACAUGGACGCCACGACGGUGGGGUGCGGAGCUGGAGGUGGAGGCGGAUGCAGAGAAUGAGGUGGCGCCGUUCGCGGACCUGACGAACUCGAAGGAAAAGCCGCUGGUGUCAUCUAGGUUCAGCCGGAAGGCGGCCAAGCAAAGCCCCGAAGGGAGCAGGGCUCUGCGGGUGGCGCGGCCGCGGAGGGAGGAAACGCUGGAGAGCACGUGGAAGGCCAUCACGGAGGGGCGGGGGCCGCCGCUGGCGCGGCACCUCAAGAAGUCCGACACCUGGGACACCCGCCCCGGGCGCCGCCCUUCCGGCGGCGGCGGCAGCGGGGAGGUCGAGUCCCUCGCCUUAGCGGCGGCGAUGCGGAAGGCGGAGACGUUAAACGACGGGCGGAGCAAGGCGCCGGCGCCGGUGCGGCGGGAGCCGUCGCUGGGGCAGGACGAGCUGAACCGGCGGGUGGAGGCGUUCAUCAACAAGUUCAACAUGGAGAUGCGGCUGCAGCGGCAGGAGUCGCUCAAGCACUACAACGACAUGCUCGGCAGGGGCAGCCAGUACUGAACUGAAAAUAGUUGCAACUCGCAAGGAAGAAGUGCUCCCCUUUUUUUUGUUUCGAGUUCGUUCUUAAUUUUGGCUUUUGGUUCUUGUUCUGUGUAAGAUAUGGUUUUGUCAAAGCAAGAAGAUGAGACAGUGAUACUUGGUAUU